AUGGAGCGUAACUUGAGCGGCGGGCUUGGCAACGAGUCUGCUCAGGCAGCUACGGGGAACGGGGGGGAAGCGGCGGCGACCUGGGUUUUUGGCGCGGUCCUCUCUGUCAUGUGUGUGGCUGGCGUGACGGGCAACGUGUACACCCUGGCGCUGCUGUGGCGCUCGGGUCGGGGUGCCCGCGGAGCACCUUUGUCCGGCUCCAUUGCCAGCCUGGCGCUGGCCGACCUGCUGUACCUGUGCUCCAUCCCGUUCAUCGUGGGCACGUCAGUGGCGCAGGACUGGUACUUCGGCGAACUGGGCUGCCGCUUUCUGCUCAGCCUGGACCUGCUCACCAUGCACGCUAGCAUCUUCACGCUGACCGUAAUGUGCACUGAGCGCUAUCUGGCCGUCACCCGGCCCUUGGCCAUGCGGUACCGGGCGCAGCGCUUCCGCAAAAUCACAGCCGGCGCCGUCUGGGGCAUCUCGCUGCUGCUUGCCCUGCCCAUGAUGCUGAUGGUCACCUUGAGCCAGAGCGGCGAUGGCAAGCAUAUUUGUGCCCCGACCUGGAGCCCCGACGCCUUUCGGCUCUACCUGACGGUGCUUUUCAGCACCAGCAUCCUAGCCCCAGGGCUGCUCAUUGGCUGCCUCUACGCCCGCCUGGCUGCCACUUACCUGGAGUCGCAGAAGAACCCACCGCGCAAGACGGAGCCCAAGCGCUCUCCUCGCCAGAAAGUUCUCAUCCUGGUCUUCACCAUUGUGCUGGUCUUCUGGGCCUGCUUCCUGCCCUUCUGGAUCUGGCAGCUGGUGUCCCUCUACCACGGUCCCCUCGGGCUGCCGCUCCACAUCCAGAAGUAUAUCAACUACCUGGUCACCUGCCUGACAUAUAGCAAUAGUUGCAUCAACCCCUUUCUUUAUAUCUUGCUCACUAGGAACUACCGAGAGUAUCUGCGAAACCAGCAUAGGAACUUCUACCGCUUCACCUCCUCCUUUUGCAAGAAGGGCUCCAACUUGCAGUGUUCUUGGAGACAAUCAUCCUCUUCAGGCACUCAGUGUGAGUCUGGGACAGAGGGCCUGGGCAUGGCUGUGUUGAAGGACUGCAAAUGA